CAACCAAAUUUGUGGUUUCGCCCAAGAACCUGAAGAAACAUCUAGCUGAGCGUUGGAGCCUUGCUGAGAUUACUGGGAUUCCACACCAAUUAUCCAAACCUCAGCGUCAGAAACAGACUUUUCAGGAUGAAUAUUCGAGUAUGGACACACUGUAUCCUGGCAGCCUGCCUCCAGAACUCCGGGUGAACGCAGAUGAGCCUCCAGGGCCACCUGAGCAAGUUGGACUUUCUCAAUUCCAUCGAGAGCCCGAAACUCAAAAUCCAGAGACCCUGGAAGACAUCCAGUCCUCUUCACUCCAGGAAGAAGCCCCAGCACAGCUUCCACGGCUCCCUCAGGAGGUAGAACCUUCAACCCAGCAGGAGUCCCCAGCUCUGCCUCCAGAGUCCUCUAUGGAGAGUCUAGCUCAAACUCCACUGAAUCAUGAAGUGACAGUUCAACCUCCAGGUGAGGAUCAAGCUCAUUAUAACUUGCCCAACAUUACCAUUAAACCUGCAGAUGUGGAGGUUACCAUGACAUCAGAGCCCAAAAAUGAGGCAGAAUCUUCCCAAGCCCAGAAGGAGGCCCCAAAUCAGCCUCCAGAGGAGGUGGAACCUUCUGCAACCCAACAGGAGGCCCCAACUGCGCCGCCAGGUCCUCCCAUGGCUGAACUUUCCCCCAGUGAGCAGGAGCAGCCAGCUCAGCCUUCUGAGUCUUCUGAGGUUGAAUCUUCUCCAGCCCAGCAGGAGGCCCCAACUCUAGAUCCCCCUAAGGAGGCAGAACCUUCUCCAGUCCAGCAAGGGUUCCCAGCUGAGCCACCAGAGCCCCCUAAGGAAGUAGAACAUUCAAGGCAGCAAAUGGUCCCAGUUCAGCUUCCAGAGCCACCUAAGGUUGCUGCUCAACCUCCAGCUCAUUAUGAGGUGACAGUCCCAACACCAGGCCAGGAUCCAGCUCAGCAUUCAACAUUGCCCAGUGUCACUGUUCAACCUUUGGACCUGGGACUUACCAUCAUUCUAGAAUCCACGACAGAGGUUGAACUUUCUCCAACCAUGCAGGAGACCCCAACUCAGCCUCCUAAGAAAGUUGUACCCCAACUUGAAAUAUAUCAAGAGGUAACAAUUCCAACACCAGGUCAGGAUCGAGCUCAGCAUCCAAUGUCACCCGUUCAACCUUUGGACCUGGGACUUACCGUCACUGCAGAACCCACUAUGGAUGUUGAACAUUCUACACCCCUGAAGAGGACUAUAGUUCCUCCAAAGCACCUUAAGGUGACAAUUCCACAUCCAGAUCAGAUUCAGACUCAGCAUUCACACCUGACUGAAGCCACAGUUCAACCUCUGGACCUGGAGCUUAGCAUAACUACAGAGCCUACUACAGAGGUUAAACCAUCUCCAACCACGCAGGAAACCUCAGCUCAGCCUCCAGACCCGGGACUUGCCAUAACUCCAGAACCCACUACAGAGAUUGGACAUUCCACAGUCCUGGAGAAGACUACAGCUCCUCAUCCAGACCAGGUUCAGACUCUGCAUCGAAGCCUGACUGAGGUCACAGGUCCACCUACAAAGUUAGAAUCUUCGCAGGAUUCAUUGGUGCAGUCUGAAACUGCACCAGGACAGAAGGCCUCCACAAGCACCAACAUAUGUGAGCUCUGUACCUGCGGAGAUGAGACUCUGUCAUGUGUUGAUCUCAGCCCAAAGCAGAGGCUCCACCAAGUGCCUGUGCCAGAGCCCACCUACAAUGGCAUCUUCACCACCUUAAAUUUCCAAGGAAACUAUAUUUCAUACAUUGAUGGAAAUGUAUGGAAAGCAUACAGUUGGACCGAGAAACUAAUUCUCAGUGAAAAUUAUUUGACUGAAUUACAUAACGAUUCAUUUGAAGGCCUGCUAUCCCUCCAGUAUUUAGAUUUAUCCUGCAAUAAAAUACAGUAUAUUGAAAGACGUACAUUUGAAUCACUACCAUUUUUGCAGUAUAUAAAUCUGGGCUGCAAUUUAAUUACGGAACUGAGCCACGGAACAUUUCAGGCCUGGCACGGAAUGCAGUUUUUACACAACUUAAUUCUCAAUCGCAAUCCUCUGACUGCUGUCGAAGAUCCAUAUCUCUUUGAACUGCCGGCAUUAAAAUAUCUAGACAUGGGAACAACGCACAUCACACUUACAACGCUCAAGAACAUUCUCACGAUGACUGUUGAACUGGAAAAACUGAUCUUACCUAGCCAUGUGGCCUGCUGCCUCUGCCAAUUUAAAAAUAGCAUUGAGGCUGUCUGCGAGACAGUCAAGCUGCAUUGCAACAUUGAAUGUCUGAUUAACACCGUACAUUGUCCUGAAGAAGCAUCUGUAGGGAAUCCAGAAGGAGCGUUCAUGAAGGUGUUACAAGCCCGGAAGCAGCACACAAGCACUGAGCUGACUAUUGAGUCGGAGGCGCCCUCAGACAGCAGCAGCAUCAAGUUGUCAGGCUUUGGGGGUGAGCAGCUAGACACCAAUGACAAGAGUGAUGAUAUCAGUGCACUAAGACACAUCUUCCCUUAUUUCUCAGAAGGAAAUCUAGAUGCAGAAUCCACAUUACCAUUCGCUAAACUGCUUUUUUCAAAUGAAAACAGCCUGGUAAAGAUUCACAGUGUAGGCAAAAACCUGCAGAGAGUGAACAGAGUCCUCACAGGCCCAAGGAGCAUCCAGAAAAGACACUACAAAGAGGUGGGAAAGCACAGCACUAGGAAAGAACAGGAUGCCCAGGCACUUGUGGACAAUGCUGCCAAAGAGAAAAGGCUUGAGAGUCCAGCCCCAAGGGAGCUGGAACAGCCUCACAUAGUGCAGGGUCCUGAGAAGGUAGCGGGAAACACCAUCUACACUAAGCCUUCGUUCACCCAAGAGCAUAAGGCAGCAGUCUCCUCUACGCUGAAACCCUUCUCCAUGGUCAUGCCUUCUGCCUCUAGCCCUGCAAAAGCUCUACCUCAGGUCAGAGACAGAUCAAAAGACUUAGCCUACACCAUUUUAAUGUUAGAAACGGCAAUGGCUAGGGUUAAAAAUAUGGAGGCUGCUAAACCAAUCGCACAUUCCAAUAGACUCAUGCUCCCAAAUAGGCCGCCGUUGUCUGCAGAGAAGAGCCUCAUAAAUUCACAAGGGGUUUUUUCAUCCUUAGGAGACCUGAGUCCUCAAGAAAACCCUCUUCUGGAAGUAUUUGCUCCUUCAGAACGUUUUAUAGAAAACACUCAUGUAGAAGACACAGCUGCAAGAGAUGCCUCUGAAGAAAACAUUUUUAUGGAAAACACUGUUAUGCCAGAAGGCACCAUCUCUGAAAACACAAACUACAAUCAUCCUCCUGCGGCAGCUUCCGCUGGGACUGCGUUCAACUUAGAGCCAACUGUUACACAAACUGACACAAAAUGGAAACACAACAACAUGGGGACUGACCUGUCCCCUGAGCCCAAAAGCUUCAAUGACCCAUUGCUCUCCUCCCCAGGUGACCAGUUUGAAAUUCAGCUAACCCAGCAGCUACGGUCCCUCAUCCCCAACGAGGAUGUGAGAAGGUUCAUGUCUCAUGUUAUCCGGACCCUGAAAAUGGAAUGUUCAGAAACGUAUGUGCAAAUGACCUGUGCCAAGCUCAUGUUGCGAACAGGCCUCCUGAUGAAGCUUCUCAGCAAGCAGCAGGAAGCAAAGGCAUCCAAGGCAGAAUGGGAUACGGACCAAUGGAAAACUGAUAACUAUAUUGAGAGUGGACAGAAAGAGCAGAAGUCGUCUGAGCUCAUGAAAGAAGUUCCACGAUACGGCCAUAACAACGAAGUCAUCUUGGCAAUAUCUGUGACUGUAAUACUAACACUUUGGAUUAUAAUGAUUUGUCUGAUUGAGGUAAGGACAAUAAUUAAUUCAGGUUUUCAGAAUACAAUCCUGUCUUUGUGUGGAUUCAGAACCCACAAACUGAAAACCAAUGUCACUUUCCCACUUGACAUUCUUCUUCUGUCGUUUAAGGCUGAGGUAUGCUUUGUUCUUUUACUGCAAUGUAUAUUCCAGGAUUUUUAAAGGAUCCUCG